AUGGCCAGCAGUAGUACCCAGCAACAGCAGGGGCAGCAGCAGUGCCAGCAACAGCAGGGCAGCAGCAGUACCAGCAACAGCAGGAGACAGCAGCACAGUAGUACCCAGCAACAGCAGGACCAGCAAAGUACCCAGCAACAGCAGGAGCAGCAGCAAGACCAGCAGCAGUGCCAGCAACAACAGGGGCAGCAGCAGUGCCAGCAACAGCAGGGGCAGCAGCAGUGCUCAGCAACAGCACGGGCCAGCAGCAGUACCCAGCAACAGCGGGCGCAGCAGUACCCAGCAACAGCAGGGAGACAGCAACAGUACCACAACAGCAGGACAACAACGUGCCCAGCAACAGCAGGGGCAGCAGCAUGCCAACAACAGCACGGCCAGCAGUAGUACCAACAACAGCAGGGCCAGCAGCAGUGCCAGCAACAGCAGGGGCAGCAGCAGUACCAGCAACAACGGCCAGCAAUCUACCCAGCAACAGCAGGGCCAGCAGUAGUACCCAGCAACAACCGAGCAGCAGUACCCAGCAACAGCAGGGCCAGCAGUAGUGCCCAGCAACAGCGACCAGCAGUAGUCCAGCAACAGCGGGAGCGCAAGCCAACAACAGGCAGCAGCAGUGCCAACAACAGCAGGGGGCAGCAGCAGUACUCAGCAACAGCAUGGCCAGCAGUAGUACCCAGCAACAGCAGGGGCAGCAGCAGUACCCAGCAACAACAGGGGCAGCAGCAGUACCAGCAACAGCAGGGGCAGCAACAGUACCCAGCAACAACAGGGGGCAGCAACAGUACUCAAAACCAGCCAGCAGUGUACCCAACAACAACAGGACCAGCAACAGUACCAGCAACAGCAGGAGACAGCAACAGUACCCAACAACAGCAGGGCCAACAGCAGUACCCAGCAACAGCAGGGGCAGCAGCAGUACUCAACAACAACACGGCCAACAGGUACCCAGCAACAACAAGACCAGCAGCAGUGCCAGCAACAGCAGGACCCAGCAACGUGCCAGCAACAGCAGGGGCAGCAGCAGUGCUCAGCAACAGCACGGCCAGCAGCAGUACCAGCAACAGCAGGGGCAGCAACGGUACUCAGCACCAGCACGACCGCAAAGUGCCCAGCAACUGCAGGACCAGCAACAGUGCCACAGUGCUCAGCAACAGCACGGCCAGCAAUAUUGCCCAGCAACAGCAGGACAGCAGUGCCAGCAACAGCAAGGCAGAGCAGUCCGAACACAGGAGCAGCAACAGUCGCAGCAACAACCAGCAGCAGUCACAACAGCAGGACCAGCAACAGUACCAGCAACAGCAGGCGCAGCAGUGUUUCAACAACAACACGACCAGCAGUAGUGCCAACAACACAGAGACCAGAGCAGUACCAACAACAGCAAGGGGGCAGCAGCAGUACUCAGCAACAGCAGGACCAGCAGCAGUACCAACAACAGCAGGGGCAGCAGCAGUAAGCAACAGCACGACCAGCAGCAGUACCAACAACAACAGGGGCAGCAACAAUGCCAACAACAACGACCAGCAACAGUACCCAGCAACAACAGGACCAGCAGCAGUACCAAGCAACAACAGGGGCAGCAGCAAUGCCUCCACCAACAACACGGCCAGCAACAGUGCCAGCAACAGCAGGCCAAACAGUACCCAGAACAACACGGCCAGCAGUAGUACCCAGCAACAGCAGGGGCAGCAGCAGUGCCAGCAGCAGCAGGUGCAGCAGCAGUAG